CCGAUCCGGGCCGCGAUGCUGCGCUGCGUCCCGCCGCUCUGGCGCUGCAACCGGCACGUGGAGGCGCUGGACCGGCGGCACUGCUCGCUGCAGGCCGUGCCCGAGGAGAUCUACCGCUACAGCCGCUCGCUGGAGGAGCUGCUGCUGGACGCCAACCAGCUCCGCGAGCUGCCCAAGCCUUUCUUUAGGCUUUUGAACCUCCGUAAACUGGGCCUGAGUGACAAUGAGAUCCAGAGACUUCCCCCCGAGGUGGCCAACUUCAUGCAGCUGGUGGAACUGGACAUCUCCCGCAAUGACAUUCCAGAAAUUCCAGAAAGCAUCAAAUUCUGCAAAUCCUUGGAGAUCGCAGACUUCAGUGGGAAUCCCCUUUCCAGGCUUCCUGAGGGUUUCACGCAGCUGCGCAGCCUGGGCCACUUGGCCCUGAAUGAUGUUUCCCUUCAGAGCCUCCCCAACGACAUCGGGAAUCUGGCAAACCUGGUGACUUUGGAGCUACGGGAGAACCUGCUGAAGACUCUACCAACUUCACUCUCAUUCCUUGUCAAGUUAGAGCAGUUGGAUCUUGGUGGCAAUGACCUGGAAGUCCUGCCGGAUACCCUGGGAGCGCUGCCAAACCUGCGUGAGCUGUGGUUGGACCGCAACCAGCUCUCUGCUCUGCCUCCGGAGCUGGGCAAUCUCCGCCGUUUGGUCUGCCUGGAUGUGUCGGAGAACAAGCUGGAGCAGCUGCCCAACGAGGUCAGUGGGCUGGUAGCACUGACGGACCUGCUGCUGUCACAGAACCUGCUGGAGUGCAUUCCAGAUGGGAUCGGUCAGCUGAAGCAGCUCUCCAUCCUCAAGGUGGACCAGAAUCGGCUGACAGAGGUGACGGAGUCAAUUGGGGACUGUGAAAACCUAUCAGAACUCAUCCUGACAGAGAACAUGCUGACAGCCUUACCCAAAUCCCUUGGGAAGCUAACCAAGCUGACAAACCUGAACGUGGAUCGGAACCGUUUGACGUCCCUUCCGGCUGAGAUCGGGGGCUGUGCCAACCUGAACGUCCUGUCUCUGCGAGACAACCGCCUGGCCCUGCUGCCAGCAGAGCUCGCCAACACCACCGAGCUGCACGUCCUGGACGUGGCAGGAAACAGGCUCCAGAAUUUGCCCUUUGCUUUGACAAAUCUUAACCUGAAAGCCUUGUGGCUGGCAGAAAACCAAUCCCAGCCCAUGCUGAAAUUCCAGACAGAGGAUGAUGAAAAGACGGGAGAAAAAGUUCUCACGUGCUACCUGCUUCCCCAGCAGCCCUCUCCUAGCCUAGAGAACCUUCUGCAGAACAGCGUGGAUGAGAGCUGGACGGAUACGAACUUAAACAGAGUCAGUGUGAUUCAGUUCCUGGAUGACCCCAAAGGAGACGACGAGGAUGAAUCUGGAGCUGAGAGGCGGGGCUUACAGCGCAGAGCAACCCCUCAUCCCAGUGAACUGAAGGUGAUGAAGAAAGUGAUCGAAGUUCGGCGCAGUGAGGUCUGUGCUGCAAAGCCUGGCACAGACCUGAAUUCAUCCAGCUCAGAAGAAAAGAGACUGAGUGCCACCUCCAACCGCAGCGAGGACUCCCAUCUGUCCAACAGCACCGUCUCUGCUGACUGCAGGGCAGAGGAGCAGGGAGAGGAGAGGCAGAGGAGCCGGCUGAAUGGGCAGGUGCUGGACAUGCAGGAGCUGGAGAAGGAGGCCAAGCCAAGAGCUGAAGAAGAGCAUAAGGAAGCGGUUGUCCAGGAGGAUGAAGAUGUGGAAGUGGAAUAUAAUGAGCCCACUGUACACUUUGCUGAGGACACACUGAUAAGGAGUGAGGAUGAAGAUGAAGAUGAAGAGCGGCCGUUCCCAGUGGAGAAACAGAGGCUCAUCCGCAAGGAUACGCCCCACUAUAAGAAACACUUCAAGAUAACUAAGCUGCCCAAACCAGAGGCAGUGGUAGCACUCCUGCAGGGGCUGAACACUGAUGGAGUCCCCAAAGAAGAGGAGGAACUGGGCGGCUGCAACAACAACGCGGAGCCUGAGGAUGAGGAGGAAGCGUGGGAUGAGGAUGACAGGAAGAACGGAUCUUUGUCUGCUCAGCCAUCAGUGAAGGGGGUGUCGUUUGAUCAAGCCAAUAAUCUGCUGAUUGAACCUGCUCGCAUUGAGGAGGAAGAGGUGUGCGACGGGGGUUCUUCCCUGGUUUUGGAAGAAGGCUUUGGAAGGGAGAUGUCAGAUACUUCAUUUCUGCUUCGAGUGAAACGGGAGCUGCCUCGACCUGGUGCACUGUUCGUGUGUGCUAAAGGCUUUUUUAUCUCCUUAGCU